CCCAUUAUUGCAUAACCUUUCACAAUCAGUCAAUCACAUCUCAUUUUAUUUCUGAAACACCAAAUGCAGAAAAUCAUGGAUCAAUCACAAUAACCUUACAUGCCACACUAUACUGCUCCGAAAAUCAUUGAAUAAAUUUUCCCGAGUAUACCUUCUUAUAGCUCAUCGACACCACACACCCUUCCUAAUUCCACUCUGCCCAUUUCCCCCCUGCUCUCUUCACCGCUUCUUGAUCCUCCCCGUUCUCUCUCUCUCUCUCUCUCUCUCUCUCUCUCUACACAACCAUGCUGCUCAAAACUGCUCCGGCAUUCGCUCUCUUGAACACCGAGGGUGACAAUCGGCCACCCUCUGGAAUUUCUCAAUCGAAGGGCGGAAAUGGGUUAGUGGUUGUGUGCGCGUCCAAGGGUUCUUCUUCGUCUUCGAACAGUCGGUCGGUGACGGGUGUGGUGUUUGAGCCGUUCGAAGAGGUGAAGAAGGAGUUGAUGCUCGUCCCUAAUGUCCCUCAAGCUUCUCUCGCUCGCCAGAAGUAUGCCGAUCACUGUGAAGCCGCCAUCAAUGAGCAGAUCAAUGUGGAGUACAAUGUUUCUUAUGUGUACCAUGCUAUGUUUGCCUACUUUGAUAGAGACAACGUAGCUCUUAAGGGUCUUGCAAGGUUUUUCCAGGAAUCAAGCGAAGAGGAAAGAGAGCACGCGGAGAAGUUGAUGGAGUAUCAGAACAAACGUGGUGGGAAAGUGAAACUGCAAUCCAUUCAGAUGCCAUUGUCCGAGUUUGAUCACGUUGAGAAAGGAGAUGCAUUGUAUGCAAUGGAGCUUGCGCUGUCUUUGGAGAAGUUGACAAACGAAAAACUUUUGAACUUGCACGCCGUGGCUAGCCGGAACAAUGAUGUGCAGUUGGCCGAUUUUGUUGAAAGCGAAUUUCUAAAGGAGCAGGUGGAAGCCAUUAAGAAGAUCGCAGAAUAUGUCGCUCAGCUGAGAAGAGUGGGCAAAGGACAUGGAGUCUGGCACUUUGAUCAGAUGCUCCUCCGCGGGGAAGAUGAAGUUAUUGCAUGAUGGUGAAUCUGGUCUUGUUCUAUGUUGCUGUUUAUGGGGGUUUUCACUUUGCAGUGUUUUGUGGUUUCGGAUUUCCAACUAGAGAUUUUUGUGUUAAAGGUUAGAUACAGGAAGUUAUGUUGACGGUAGAAUCUGGGACCAGUUUGGGCAUCUACGUAAUAUAUCAAUUUCAGUCACAAGUGCUUGAGCUA